AUGUCUGCCCAGCCAACCAAGUUCCCUUCUCCUAUUGGUGGUGUGCCCAACCCACACGACCUCGCUCCCUCGGUAAUCUUCGCUGUCGCAUACGCGAUAACGAUCCCGCUCGCGGUCUACCGGCUCACGUCCAAGAGCUCCCGUAAUAUAUUUAUCAUCGCCAGUGCGAUAUUCGCCGUCGAGCGCGUCGUCGACUUCUCCUUCCGCGCGGCAGAGGCGGAGACGCCUAGCAUGCGCACGGCGAAGUUCUGGGUCGGCUGGCUCCAGAGCGCGUACGCGAUGGGCUUCAUCGGCAUCGCAGGCGACGUCAGCAACAUCGCGCGCGUCUUCCUGGUCAAAUCCACGCGCGGGAGCGACCCCGCCGCGGAGCAGCCGCGCAACCUGCUCGCCCCGCCCGACGAGGAGCGUGCAGCGUUUCCCAAGCCGAACGAUAGCGCUGCGUCGUUCGCCCAAUACGGCAUGGGCGUGAACGAGCCUGGGGAGGUCUUCGUGGACGAGCCGAAGCGCAGAGCGUGGAUCGAGCGCUAUGGUGUGGUCUUGCUGGUCAUGCGGUUAACUGCCUUGGCCCUGGGGGGCGUGUACGCCGGGAUAUACUUCAACGGGACGACGAACCACAGCCAGGCCGUGAUGGCGCAGCAGAUGAGAUACGCGUCGGACAUCAUCAUGGUGGUGUGCCUACAGCUCGUCAAGGCCCUGCUCAUCUGGGCGUUGCUCACGCGCCCGAAGCGCGUCGCCCGCUGGCCCGCGCUCUUGUUGGUGGCUAUAUGUCUUAUCCUUUCGAUACCCGCGUUCUACCGCCUCGCGGCGAUGUCGAACUACACCGACUCCCUGCUAUCGAUGGCACCGGGCUCGCUCAAUGGCCCCGCAGCAAAGGCGGUGUUCUACACGCUGCACAUCGCGCCCGAGUUUAUCGCCGGAACGUUGCUGCUCUCGGUGAACGUAAAGAAAGUGUACGGGUUCACUGGAUGGCGGGGGUGA